AUGGAGUGCCUGCCGACCGGAGAUCCAGUCAAAAUGUGCAAGCCGGCCCUUACUUUCUCCAUAGACAAGAUCAUGGGGAACACCACCGCCGACGACAAACAUGAAGCUGCCGUUGAGGGUGUAAAACGUAAGGCAGAAGAGAAAGGGUUUGCCAUCGAAAAGUUUGACAACUAUUCCCGACGGCGUCGAUUAUACGACGAUGAACAUGAUAUAAAGGAAAGAAGUUUUCAGCCCGUGAAGAAGCAGAAAGAUAUAAUUCGGGAUGAAAUCAUAAAGCAGCAGACCAUCAUGGCUGCCCAGUACCAGCACGCGGCCGCCUUCCUGAAGACCGAGAUGCAGAAACGCCAGAUGUCGUCAUACCUUCAGCGCGACAUAUGUGACGUCAACUUGAACGCUGUGUCGUACCUGCAUCCGGCGUUCAUGAUGGGCCAGAUGACGCCAGACGAGUAUCGCAGCCACGUUCUCCAGAAUCUGAACGCCCUCCAACACCAGUGGCCGAAUGUAAACAAGUCGGUAGACGCUUUUAAAAACCUUAAUUCCAAGUUGUUGAUACCACCGAAUGUAAAUUAUGGACACAAUUUUGAAAAUAAAACGACUAUUGAUAGUGACAAUGUUCAAGAACAAAAUUACAGUGAUGUAUCUCAAAAUCAUUCUUCGGACAGUCAAAGCGACCAGUCUUACUCUAAAUCUAUACAUGAGAGUGAUUCACAGCCAUCUAACAGAGGAGCGGACGCCAGCGAGGUACAAGUGGCGUCAGCGGGAUCCCCUGGGAAACGGACAACAGGGUCGCUGCAAAAAAGCGGAAAGAGUUUCAGCUGCCCGGAGUGCGGGAAAUUGUUUAAUGCUCACUACAACCUGACCCGGCACAUGCCCGUACACACUGGUGCGCGCCCGUUUAUCUGUAAGGUGUGUGGGAAGGGUUUCCGGCAGGCGAGCACGCUGUGCCGCCACAAGAUCAUCCACACGAGCGAUAAACCGCACAAGUGUCAGACGUGCGGAAAGGCGUUCAACCGGAGCUCCACGUUGAACACGCACAUGCGCAUACACAUGAAUUACAAGCCAUACACCUGCGAACAUUGUGGAAAGGGGUUUCAUCAGAAAGGUAACUACAAAAACCACAAACUGACGCACAGCACUGAGAAGCAGUACAAGUGCUCGAUCUGUAACAAGGCGUUCCACCAGGUGUACAACCUGACUUUCCACAUGCAUACCCAUAAUGACAAGAAGCCAUUCACGUGCCACAUCUGCUCCAAGGGCUUCUGUCGCAACUUCGACCUCAAGAAGCACAUGCGAAAACUGCACGACGGUGAGCGUGGUGGGAUUAUGAAGUCCGCCAGCCCGGGUCCCCGCCUGAGUCCCCCGGGAUCGGCGGAGGACGGAGCCCGGGGGUCAACGGGCCGGUCCCGGCCACGGCCGGUGGUACCGCCUUACCUUCUCAACCAGGGAACUGGAUCCCUUCUACAAAAACUCUCAUUCUUGUGA